CAAACCUGCAACAAGUUUAUCGAUAAUAAAGCUCCAAUAACUUUAGAUAUGAACCAGUUUAAAGACACUAACGGGGCGGAAACAGUCGAGAAGCUCCAGAAGAAAUAUUCGGACAGAAGGAAACAGUUGCUGCUACCAGAAGACACUGAAGGAGGAUCCAGUGAUGAGGCAGUCCGACAGCUCGUGUUGGCCAACAGAUCCAAACAACCAAACAGAGACUUUAAAUGUUCCAGUAAAGCUUUAACUGAUCUGUUCAGAGCUGUUAGAGACCAUCCAGACCAGUUUAGCAGUGAUCACGGUCUUCAUGAGAGUAAUGAGGACCUCAGUGAGGACUCUAUCGCCCCGCAUCAGGACUCUCAGGUUCUGUUUACAGAAACAGAUGUGACCCUGCCGUCCUGUCUCGACGGUAGUCCCGGGUCCUAUGAAGCUGAGACCGACAGGGACUUGGAGAGACCUGGUCCUGACUCGGGCCGCUCCUCGUCUCUAGUCCUGGUCAGAGUCUACCAGGAGAUGAUCACCGUCUACCAGCAGCUGAAGGCAGAGAGACGAGGCCAGCAGCAGUGGGAGAAGGAGCUGCAGGAGCGAGAGAGGAGGCUGCAGCAGCAGGAGGAGGAGAGAGAGAGGAGGCUGAAGGAGCAGGAGGAGAUAAUACAGACUCACAUAGCAGCUGUAGAGGAGAAACAUCAGCAGGAGGUGAACAAGCUGCAGGAACUCCUACGAGAGAGAAACAAAGAAACCCGACGGCUGAAGUCCAGCUUUGACUCCAUCAAGGAGCUGAAUGACAACAUGAAGAAACAGCUGAAUGAGAUCAGUGAACAGAACCAGAGGUUGGAGAGCCAGUGGAAGAGGGUCCAGGCCCGACUAGAGAACCUGCAGAGGAAAUAUGAGCACAGCAUCUCACUGAGAGUCUGUCAAAGAGUGAGUGUGAAGAGCUCCGAGUGUAUUAAUUCAUCCAAAAAAGAGAAAAGUGCUUCUUCUGGAAAAAAACCCAGCUGUAAAAAGAGUGGUUCCAGUCCGGUCCCAGUAAGGCUGCUGGUCCUGCUGCUGGACUGGGUCCUGGAGGGACAGAAGUUCUCAUCUGAAACAGGAAAUGAGGAGAAAGGAGUCGACCAGAGUCUUCCUCCAGACGUCUCACUCAACGAGAGAUGCCUCAAGGUGCUGCCGUUAUUAGCAGAUCAGCUUCAUCAGACUCCUUCAUCAGAACCGGAGCUCCUCCUUCAACUUCUACGCCUCAUCCACUGGACCAUGAGACACAACGACAGCAGCACACAGCAGGUAGCUCUACCUGCCACUCUGCGGCGGAUCGGACAGGAAGUCUCAAAGCCUCCAGUCCAGUUAACGGGGGGUCAGCCUGGAGAUCUGGACCGGUCCGAGUCCUGCAGGAGCUGGUCCCUCUAUCUCAGUCCCUGUCCUCACACACGAGUCCUGUCCAGCCUCAUCGUCCUCCGCACCGUCACACAAGCUGAUGUUGUGGCCCAGGUUCUGGACUCUCUCCGCUCUGAUCUGAGGUCUGAGGACUCCAGAGGCCUCUUCAUCCACUAUGGAGGAGUGUGUGUGCUGCUGUGGAUGCUUCGGGCCGGUCGAGGAGGUCGACACACUCCUGUAGACGUCCUGCUGCAGCUCACUGGACCGUCCCGCUACUUAAAUCUCUUCCUGGAGGCUUGUAGCUGUGAGCAAUUCUUCCAAACGGCCUCCCAGAUUCUCAAAAAGCCCGAUGUGGAGCUCCGAACGCUGGAGCAGAUCUCCAUCCUGCUGCAGAAGCUCUCAGGCAUCAGGAGGAACCGUCGACUGUUUGAACUCUCCUCCCUCCACCUGCAGAUACAAGAACUAAACCAGAGAAACAAGCACACACACACCUUCCUCUGCCUCAACCUGCAGUCCAUCCUACACAACCUGCACUAACACACA